AUGAAAAUUCGCCUUCAGAAGGGGCUACAGAUUAUUGACUAUCAUCAGCAUAAUUCAGCAUUGAACAAAUCUUCAUCGUCCUUCUCCUUUGAGCACUUAACUUUGACACCUUGCCUAGACAUUGACAAGGCUGAAUCUUGUGACCAAACAAUACCACAGAAAGCUUCCAGUGAUGAAGUAGCUUCUUUCCUUUGUGCAUCUUGCCGGACCAAAAUAUCUAGUCAGGAUUCCAGUUUGGUCCAACUGGCAUUUGGAGAAUGUAAUGGUAAAAACAUCAUGAAAGAGAAGGAGCUCGAGAAUGUUUGUAAGGAGCAAGCAGCUAGAAUUGAGCAACUAAAUCAGCUGGUGGAGAAAUUGAAAGGAGAGAGAGAAGAACUAAACUCCAUUACUAUGUGUAACUCGAUGAAAGAUGAAGAAAAGCAUCUAAGGGAAUUUUCCUCAAAUGGUCAUUUGCCAUGCAUUAUAGAGGAAAAAUGUGAAAUUAAAGAAGUUCAGGAAGAGUUAGCCCAAAAGGACGUCUCUUUUGAUUCAACUGAGAAGGAAUCACUUCUUAAGGAAAUUCAGAAUCUAAGGAGCAAGCUGCAAUCAUGUAGCGAUGCACCAGUAAAAAAAUCUACUGACAAACUAAGGUCUUCAUUGAUGUCAAGAUCCAUACAACUGCAAAAGAGCGGGGUAUUUUCUUAUGAUAAUGGCAACGAAGAGCUAGAGAAUGAAAGACAGAGAUGGACAGAAAUGGAAAGUGAGUGGAUUUGUCUUACUGAUGAACUUAGAGCUGAUCUUGAGUCAUAUCGCCAACGUACUGAGAGGUUGGAGAUGGAACUGGCGUCAGAGAAGAAGUGCACAGCAGAGAUAGAUGAUGCCCUAAAGAGAGCAGUUAUGGGACAUGCUAGAAUGGUGGAACACUAUGCCGAUCUACAAGAAAAAUACGAUGAUUUGGUUAUGAAACACGACGCCAUAAUGGAAGGGAUAGCAGAAGUGAAGAAGGCAGCAGCGAAAGCCUCGAAAAAAGGUCACGCCCGCUUUGCCAAGUCUCUUUCCGCUGAGCUUUCAGCAUUGAGGGUGGAAAGAGAAAGGGAAUCAAAAUUAUUGAAAAAGGAGAACCAGAACUUGAAGACUCAGCUUCGAGAUACUGCUGAAGCCGUUCAGGCUGCUGGAGAGCUACUUGUUAGGCUAAGAGAAGCUGAACAUGCAGCAGCUUUUGCAGAGGAGAACUUUGCAAAUGUGCAACAAGACAACGAAAAUUUGAAGAUGCAAAUUGAAAAGCUGAAAAGAAAACACAAGACAGAGAUUAAUACCAUGAAGCAGUACAUUACAGAGAGCAAAUUACCUGAGUCUGCACUGCAACCACUGUAUAAAGAGGAUUCUGAUGUGGCACACAAUGCAGCCUCCUCCUAUACAUACGAUGAUCAGGCUUGGAGAGCAGAAUUUGGAGCAAUAUAUCAGGAUCAUUACUAACUUACCGGUUGUUAGUAUUAUUAGCAUUAGAUAAAAGGGAAUCAGAUCAAAGUUCAAGUAUUUUGUCUGGCAUAGAUCCUACUUGGAUCAAAUGCCACUAUUCUUUUUGUGUAUUCCUAGAAAUUCUUUGUUUUUGUUCCAAUUUGUGAUCAUCCAAAACUACAAUUCAAUUGUAUCUUCUCGUGUAUUCAUCUCGUUGAUGUUCCUUACCCUAGAUUUUUCAUUGUAAACAAAUCGCCUAAUAGUUUUCUCAUUUCAGUUCUCUUUUAUUCCCAGACAUUCUAAGUCUCC